CAUUUUCUAAAUAGUCAUUUAGAUGCCAAAUUUUCUGACAGAAUAUUUUUAGUGUCAUUGACUCAUUGGGCAGAAUUCUCCCUUAAAAUAAGUCCAUUCCAAAGAAAUCGAUACGCGGGUAGUAACCAUCUAAACAAAUAGUUUCUUGAAGAACUGCUAGCUAGUUCAUUCACUUUCACUUCGUAAAAUGCCUCCCAAAAAGAAAGGUGGAAAAGGAAAAGGCGGUUCGGGAAAUAUCAUCGAUGGAGUGGACACAACUCAAAUGACCCGAGAGCAGCUCGAGGUCUUCUGCCACCGAAUAAAAGAGGAAAACGAACGAGAAAGAGAAGAACGAAAUUUCUUUCAACUCGAAAGAGAUAAAUUACGGACGUUUUGGGAAAUCACAAAAAAUGAACUUGAAGAAGCUAAAGCAAAACUCAGAAACAAAGACCGACAGAUUGAGGAAGCGGCUGAGAAAAACGAAGAAGAACUGAAAUUUUACAAGCAAAAAGUCAAACAUUUGCAAUACGAACACCAAAACAACUUAACAGAAUGUAAAGCUGAAGCGCUUGUUUCGCUGAAAAUGUCACAAGAUGACCACACUGAACAGGAAAGAGAAUUGUUGCGAGAUAAGCGAGAUUUGAAAGCGCAAAUGCGGGAACAAGAAGUCGCCCAUCAAGAUCAAGUCAAAGCUUUAAAACUGCAACAUAGUGAAGAGAUAAGCACCAUCAGAAACCAAUUCGAACUGAAAGAAAAAGAACUGGAAAAUAAAUACGAAAAAAAAUUUGCUGACCUGAAACAAGAAUUAAACAUCAAACAUACGAUGGAAAUGUCGGAGCUGGAAGAGCGCAAAAAUAACCAAAUUACUGAUUUGACAAAACAUCACGAGAAAGUGUUCAAUGAAAUGAAGAACUAUUACAAUGACAUUACUUUAAACAACUUGGCGUUAAUAAGUAGCUUGAAAGACCAAAUGGAAGUUCUUCGGAAACAAAACGAACGAAUGAGUAAACAAGUCGCUGACAUAACUGCCGAAAACAAGCGCUUAACUGAACCUUUAAAACAAGCACAAAUUGAUGUUGCUGAGUAUAAACGACAACUUGAACAUUACGAAAAGGACAAGUUAUCACUGGCGAACACCAAAGCUAAAUUAUCGUCCACUAAACAAGAGCUGGAUGAUUUAAGAUGGGCAAACGAUGCUUUGCAAUUAAGAUUUGAAAAGCUCGAGGCCGAAAAAGACGAACUGAGUCGAAGAUUCAUCGAGGCAAUUCUAGACGUUCAGCAGAAAACCGGUCAGAAAAAUAUGCUUUUGCAGAAACGUAUCCAAACUUUGACAAAUGUGGCGGAAUACAGAGAUGUGAUAAUUGGGGAGCUGAGGGCGCUAACGUCGGAAGAUAUUACGGCGAAAAAUUUGAAGCUGGAGAAAAUUUUAGCAAGAAAAAAUACGGUCAUACAUGACUUACAGUAUGAGCUGGCCAGGGUGUGUAAAGCGCACGAUGAUCUUUUGGAUACUUACGAAGAUAAAUUGCAACAAUAUGGCAUUCCUAAAGAGGAGUUGGGUUUUGUUCCGUUGAGGAUUUUGCAGGAUGGGCAAGGGGGGCUGCCGAAAGGCCCAGCUGGGCUUGUUACAAAGAAUCGAUAAUUGUGUGAAUAAAUGGCGAAAUUAAA